AUGAGUAUAGAAUUUUGUUCGCAGCACCUGUUGGCCUAUGACAACUCUAUAAUCCCCUCGGAAAAUGACAUAAAAUCCAGGGCGCAAGAAAACCUGAAGUACAUUGUCCAGUGUAUGGAGGCCCUCAAGAGCGGAAAAGACGACUUUGGAGAUCCCUCGUACCAGAUGACUAAAAUAAACCACUUCAACAUACCUAGGUACUCCAAAAUCCCUAAAGAGAAAAAAAAUACAAAAUGGGAAAACUUUGCGAAAAAAAAAAUGAUGAAAAAGAAUAAAAGUGGAUUGAUUUACGACAAAAAUACCAAAGGGUGGGUCAGACGAUUCCAGAAAAAGCAAAUAAAAAUAAAUGAAGAAAAUGCAAGCUUCGUUCAUGAAUACAAACCCAGUGACAACAUAUAUGAAGAUCCUUUUGAGAGAAUGGAAGAGGAGAAGGAAAUUAAAAAAAUGAAACAAAAAAUGAGGGAAAUGAAAAAUAAAUUUCAGCAGGAGGGUAUAUCCACGGAGGACAUCAAGUACAUUGCUCGUCAGAAGAAGAAGAGGGAUAAUCUCAUAGACAAUUUAAAAACGGCCCAAAUUUCCUCCUCUACGUUUGGGCGACAAGACAAGAAAUUGAAAAAGGAAAAAAAAAUGAAAGUGAAGAAUAAUGCCAUAAUGAAGCAGAAGUGCGAAAAGCGCUUAGUCAAGGACGAAAUUAAGCAAAAUAAUAAGCUGGCCUCCAUUGUUUUGAAAUCCCUUUAA